UAAAGAGACGGCGGCGUUUAGCUGUCCACCUUGACUGAGCCAUAGCAAGCUAACUUUGUCUUGGUCCUCGCCGGAAGUAGAAGAAUUAAGCUGCGUUAUCAAUGGCGGUGAAACUGACAAAAGCGCAGAAGAAGAUAGCCUACGAUGCCAAACUGUGUCGGCUUCUGGAUAACUACAACCAAAUCCUGGUGGUGGCUGCGGACAACGUGGGAUCCAACCAGCUUCAGAACAUCCGACAGGGUCUACGUGGCGACUCCAUCGUGCUCAUGGGAAAGAACACCAUGAUGAAACGCUCUAUCAAACUCCACGCUGAGAGCACCGGCAACAAGGCCUUCCUCAACCUUGUUCCUCUUCUUGUGGGUAAUGUUGGGUUGAUUUUCACCAAAGGUGACGUGAAGGAGGUUAGCGAAGUGGUUGCCAAGUACAAGGUGGGAGCUCCUGCUCGUGUUGGGUUGAUUGCACCUAUUGAUGUUGUAGUUCCUCCAGGCAACACAGGGUUGGAUCCCUCUCAAACAUCUUUCUUCCAGGUGCUGAACAUUCCUACGAAAAUUAACAAGGGUACUGUGGAAAUUAUCACUCCUGUGGAACUGAUUAGGAAGGGUGAGAAGGUUGGGUCUUCUGAAGCUGCAUUGCUUUCGAAGCUUGCGAUAAGGCCCUUCUCUUAUGGGCUUGUGGUGGUUUCUGUUUAUGACAACGGUUCGGUGUUUAGCCCUGCGGUUCUUGAUCUCACUGAUGAUGACCUCCUUAAUAUGUUUGCUGAUGGAAUCUCCAUGCUCUCUUCACUGUCGUUGGCUAUCUCCUACCCAACAAUUGCAGCUGCACCACACAUGUUCGUCAAUUCCUAUAAGAACGUCCUCGCUGUUGCAGUGGCCACAGAAUAUUCGUUCCCUCAGGCUGAUGAGGUUAAGGAGUACCUGAAGGAUCCUAGUAAAUUUGCAGUAGCUGCUGUUGCCGCACCUGCUACUGAUUCUGCUCCUGCUGCUGCGUCCAAGGAGGAGGAAAAGAAGGAAGAACCAGAAGAAUCUGAUGACGACAUGGGCUUCAGUUUGUUUGAUUAA